UUUUUUUUUUCCAAUAUCUUCAUUAUUAUUAUUAUACAUGUAUAAAUAUGCCAUUUGGAAAAGGGGCUACAUUUUGUAGAGAAUGGGCAAGAAUCUCUCUUUGGGCCUUCUUUUCAGAUGUCAAAGUAGAAGGCUAUGAAAAUAUCAUAAAUCAUGACCAGCCAUACAUAUUUGCAUGUACGCAUCACAAUAUGUUACUAGAUCCAGCUGUGAUAUGUUAUGCAACAUCUAAGGAAUAUCUGCAUUAUUGGGCAAAGAGUUCAAUCUUUAUUAAUAAUAAAUAUGCAUUACAGUUCUUAAAUAGUGUGGGAUGUGUUCCAGUUUAUCGAGGCUCCGGAGAUCAUAAAGCAUUAUAUACAGCCACUUUUAAAGUAUUUGAGCUAAAUGAAUCCAUUGUUGUCUUUCCCGAAGGUACAAGUCAUACUUUACCUCAUUUGGGUCCAUUAAAGCAUGGUAUAAGUUUUGCUGCAUUAGAAUAUGCUCAGUUGUUACGAGAUACAGCACCAAAGGCUAAUAAUGAUGGUCACUAUUCUAUUAAACCUGCUGCUAUUUUGCCCGUAGGCAUUGUCUACACUGAUAAAUCAAAAUAUCGCAGUGUAGCUAUUGUUAGAUUCGGUAAACCAAUUCAAGUGGACCCUUAUCUUCACGAUUUCGAUAAAGAUCCUAAAGCAACUGCUAAAAGAGUAACAAAAGAACUUGAAGAUGCCCUUGUGGCUUUAACUAUUAAUGCUCCCGAUCAAAUAGUUCGAACUAGUGCUAUCACUGCAAGAGACAUUUUGUUCCCUAAGGAAUAUGGAAACAUGCCUGAUUUCAUUCAAGUUACACAAAGCUUAAUCAAUAUACUAUCAAACGAGGAUAAAAGAUACUUGGCUGAAAAUCUGUAUGCUUAUCAAUAUGAAUUAAAUGAUCUUUUAUUACGUGAUAGUGACUUGAUUGAUUAUUGUAAUCACUGCUCUAAUAUGAAUCAAAAGAUUUGCAAGAAUCUUAUUUAUAAAUCCUCAAGCUUAUUUAUGAAGCUUCCCUUCUUUUUACCUGUCUUUAUGGGCCAUUUCCCACUUUAUUUGAUUAGUCAAUAUUAUAGUAAACAAGAAAUAUAUGAGGAAUCUAAAGCACAAGGCAAGAUCCUUUAUGCAACCGCCUUGGUACCCUUCAUGUUGAUUACACUCUUUCUUUGGGUCUGGUAUUAUCUUUAUCGAUUCCGCUUAAUCGGGUUUGUAUUUACUGGCAUGACAAUUAUUGUUUUCUUUUGGCUUCAUGUUACAACUAUUGAUUCUAGUUAUGAAGCAUUUAAACAAUGGAGAGGCACUUUCCAAUUAUUUGAUGCAUUUAUAUUACAAAGAGGAUUUGGCAACAGACAAAAACGCAUAUUAGAUAUAAUUAAGUUAAGGAAAGCAAUUCAAAAUGAAUUAUACAAUUUAUUUUUGGAUAAUAGUCAAGGCAUGGAUGACAACAAUGAUGUUGAUUAUCAACAUGUUGUAAAUGCCAUUCGUGAUCGUCAUUUAAAGAAGCAAAAAAAAUAAAUAAAAUUAGUUUCUCUUUUUUGAGUAUACACUAUUUCCUGAAAUUAAUGGGACACUUCAAAAAAAAAAAAAAAA